AUGUCUCGCCACUCCAGCAUAUCAGUCGAAAAUCAAGCAAAAGCCAAGCACCAGGAGCAAUGGAUCGAACUUGCUCGGCAACAGAAUGUCGACGUGGACGGAAUAGAGCCAUAUGCACCCAACUCCGAGGCAGAGAAACGACUACUCCGAAAGCUAGACAUGCGAAUAAUUCCAUGCUGCUGGUGCUUAUACUUACUCGGCUAUCUUGAUCGCGCAAACAUUGGCAACGCGAAGACCGGCGGUCUCGAAAAAGACUUCAACCUCAGUUCGACGCAAUAUUCGGUCGUGUUGCUGGUCUUCUUCGUCAGCUAUGUCAUCUUCGAAAUCCCUUCGAAUCUCAUCCUCACACGAGUACGGCCAUCACUUUACCUUCCAGCGCUAGCCGUGGGGUGGGGAGGGAUCGCGGCAUCGAUGGCGGGUUGCAAUAAUUGGCAUCAGCUCGCAGGUGUGCGCUUCGCUCUCGGGGUGAUCGAGUCCUGUUUCAACAUCGAGGCAGGAUUUGCGCCGGGAAUCGCUUUCUACCUCUCGUGCUGGUACAAACGCUACGAGCUCGCCCGCCGGUUUUCGUGGUAUUACACUGCGGUUGCGUGUGCUGGGAUUGUGUCGGGUCUACUUGCUGGCCUCAUCACCAAAAACCUCGACGGAGCACGCGGGAUUGCUGGCUGGAGAUGGUUGUUCAUCAUUGAGGGGGUUGGACUUGAAGAGUGUGUUGUUGGAUCGUAUGCUGUUGGCACCGUUGUGUGGUUCUUCAUGGCAGACUAUCCUUCGACCACUCGCUGGCUGACACCAGAGGAACGAAUGUUGGCUGCGCAGCGCAUGGCUUAUGAUGGUAUCGGCUCUACACAAGGUACAGAGGAGCAAGUCAAAGAGUGGACUGCUUUCAAGAUGACGAUUUCCGACUGGAAAGUCUGGGCUCUCGCUCUGAUGUAUGCUCUCCUCACCGGUUCGCAAACAAUGCAGUACUUCAUCCCGACUCUUGUUGGCGUAUUCGGUUGGAAGGGCUGGCAGGGACAGUAUCACUCCAUUCCGCCAUACGCACUCGCUCUAGUCUGUACACUCGCCUUCCCGUGGAUCUCAGACCACUACAAGAACAAGCCCCUAUUCAUCAUGACCUUCGCCGGCUUCGACACCAUCAUGUUCAUAAUCCUCGCAGCGACAAGAAACCACAUCGUGCGCUAUGUCUUCACAGUCUUCGCAUUCGGCCCAUUGUUUGGCUUAGUGCCAUUGGUUCUUAUGUGGGUAGCGAACGUGAUCGACAGUCCAGCCGAGAAGCGAGCAGUGGCUAUAGCGCUGGUGAACGCUGUUGGAAACUGCUCGUCGAUCUAUGGAGUCUUCUUAUGGCCGAAGAGCGAUGCGCCUCAAUAUGUGGCAGGCUUCAGCGCGACGACAAUCUUCGUCGCUGGCAUCGCUGCAUUGGCGCCCAUCGUGGCUUGGAGAUUCAAUAAGGAGCAAGGCACUGGCCCGCUGACAAGGCUGGGCAUUGAGAAUGCAAUGCCUUGGGGGAGGAAAGCGGGCAAGGAAGUACAAAUUGCUACAGCAGAUGUCUGA